AUGGCAUCGGACGGCUCUGUUGAGCUUCGGGAGAAGGAGCUGGGGGUUGAUCCCCAGGUGCCCCGGAGCGGAGACUCCUCGGCUAGUACUAUGGGAGAGAACCCCAUGAACCUCAUCAACGAUGCUGAUGUAGAGACCCUCACCAAAAUUGCCACCCAACACUCACGCCGCCAAUCAACAUAUGGCGGCGAGGACUCUUUGACAGUCCUGGCGCAACAGGACCCAUCGCUGGAUCCCACUUCGGGCAAAUUCGACUUGCGCAAGUGGCUCAAGACGGCCAUCAAUGAUCGAGGCCGGGAUGGCGCUCCGGGUCAUACAUCGGACGUCGUCUUCAAGAACUUGAACGUCUACGGAUCGGGGGCGGCGCUCCAGUUCCAGGAUACUCUGUCAUCCACACUCUCGGCACCCUUCAGAUGGCCCCAGCGUCUUCGACAAUCGCGUGCUCCUCAGAGGCGCAUUCUGAAGGAUUUCAAUGGUAUUAUGAAGAGUGGCGAGCUUUUGCUUGUCCUCGGUCGCCCCGGUGCUGGGUGCAGUACCUUCUUGAAGUCAUUGACCGGAGAGCUUCACGGGUUGGAUAUGGACAAGGAGAGCUCCAUCCACUACAAUGGAAUUCCCCAAGAUCGCAUGAUGAAGGAGUUCAAGGGUGAAGUUGUCUACAACCAAGAGGUUGAUAGGCAUUUCCCUCACUUGACCGUCGGUCAGACUUUGGAGUUUGCCGCCGCUACACGAACCCCCGCCAAUCGAUUCCAAGAUAUGACGCGGACUGAACACGCCAAAUACGUGGCUCAGAUUAUCAUGGCAGUCUUUGGAUUGAGCCACACCUACAACACACGAGUUGGUGAUGACUUCGUUCGCGGUGUCUCCGGCGGAGAACGCAAGCGUGUCAGUAUCGCCGAGAUGGCUGUCGCCCAUGCCCCCAUCGCCGCUUGGGAUAACUCGACCCGAGGACUGGACUCGGCUACAGCGCUGAAAUUCGUCGAAGCUCUCCGCCUCUCUGCGGAUAUCACGGGCUCAUGCCACGCAGUUGCGGCCUACCAGGCAAGUCAAAGCAUUUACGACAUCUUCGACAAAGUAAUUCUGCUUUACGAAGGCCGACAAAUCUACUACGGCUCUGCCGCUGGCGCUAAGUCUUACUUCGAAGAUCAGGGUUGGGAUUGCCCCACUCGACAGACUACUGGUGACUUCCUUACCUCAAUCACCAACCCUCAGGAGCGCCGCGCCAAGCCCGGUAUGGAGAACCGUGUUCCUCGUACCCCCGAAGAUUUCGAGGCUGCGUGGAUCAACUCUCCCCAGUACAAGCAUGUGAUUGAUCAGAUUACUGCUUACGAGACGCAAAACCCCGUCAGCCCCGACGCACAGGCUCUCGCUGACCUCCGAGACACCAAGCGUGGUGCUCAAGCCAAGCACACUCGCCCCAAGUCUCCCUUCCUCAUCAGUGUUCCUAUGCAGAUCAAGUUGAAUACCGUUCGUGCAUAUCAACGACUCUGGAAUGACGCUGCCUCCACGAUAGCAGUGGUCACCACCAAUAUCAUCAUGGCUCUUAUUAUCGGUUCCUGUUUCUACGGCACGGAAGACGCCACUUCGGGUUUCCAGUCCAAAGGCGCAACUCUGUUCUUCGCCGUUCUCCUCAACGCUCUUACCGCAAUGUCUGAAAUCAACAGUCUCUACUCCCAACGUCCAAUUGUUGAAAAACAUGCAUCCUUCGCCUUUUACCAUCCUGCCACCGAAGCAAUCGCGGGUGUCCUCAGUGAUAUCCCGGUCAAGUUUACAUUGGCUGUCGCUUUCAACAUUAUCCUCUACUUCAUGUCUGGUCUCAAGCGUGAACCCGAUACCUUCUUCCUUUACUUCCUGAUCACAUUCAUUAUCACAUUCGUCAUGAGUGCUGUGUUCCGUACCCUGGCUGCAGUGACGAAAACCAUUGCACAAGCCAUGGGUUUGUCAGGAGUAAUGAUUCUCGCUCUCGUCGUCUACACUGGUUUCGUGAUUCCUGUUCCCUCCAUGCAUCCCUGGUUUGAAUGGAUCCACUACCUCAACCCGAUUUACUACGCAUUCGAAAUCUUGAUCGCCAACGAAUUCCACGGUCGCGACUUCCCUUGCUCGUCCUUCGUCCCAUCCUACGCCGAUCUCUCAGGUGAUGCAUUCAGUUGCAGCACUGCUGGUUCGGAGGCUGGCUCAUUGACUGUUAGCGGUGACCGUUAUAUUCAACUGAACUAUUCCUACAGCUACAGCCAUGUGUGGCGCAAUUUCGGUAUUCUCAUCGCAUUCCUCGUCGGCUUCAUGCUCAUCUACUUUGUUGCCACCGAGCUCAACUCCUCCACCACCAGCACUGCCGAAGCCCUGGUCUUCCGUCGUGGCCACGAGCCCGCUAGCAUGCGCCAAAGCCACAAGGCCGGAUCUGACGUUGAAAACGCCGAGCCCUCCAAGCCUGAAGUCUCUACCGAGUCUGACGACAAGGGAAUGGGCGCCAUUCAGGCCCAGACCGACACCUUCACUUGGCGCGAUGUUUCGUAUGAUAUUGAGAUUAAGGGCGAGCCUCGCCGUCUUCUCGACAAUGUCUCCGGAUGGGUUAAGCCCGGAACACUUACUGCCCUUAUGGGUGUCAGUGGUGCCGGUAAGACUACUUUGCUUGACGUUUUGGCCCACCGUACUUCGAUGGGUGUCAUCACUGGUGACAUGUUUGUCAACGGUCGCGGUCUCGAUGCUAGUUUCCAGCGAAAGACUGGAUACGUUCAGCAGCAGGAUCUUCACUUGGAUACUGCGACUGUGCGCGAGUCUUUGCGAUUCAGUGCCAUGUUGCGUCAGCCUGCCUCUGUCUCUACCCAAGAGAAGUAUGACUACGUUGAGGAUGUUAUCAAGAUGUUGAAAAUGGAGGAGUUCGCCGAGGCCAUUGUUGGUGUUCCCGGUGAGGGUCUUAACGUCGAGCAGCGCAAGCUUUUGACUAUUGGUGUUGAACUUGCCGCGAAGCCCAAGCUUCUUCUGUUCCUGGAUGAACCUACUAGUGGUCUCGAUUCUCAGUCAUCUUGGGCUAUCUGUUCGUUCCUUCGCAAGCUUGCCGAGCACGGCCAAGCGGUUCUUUGCACCAUUCACCAGCCUAGCGCUAUGCUGUUCCAGCAGUUCGAUCAACUUCUCUUCCUUGCUCGCGGUGGUAAGACCGUUUACUUCGGCCCGGUCGGCGACAACUCCAGCACUAUGCUCGAGUACUUCGAAUCCAACGGUGCCCGCAAGUGCGAUGAUACCGAGAACCCCGCGGAAUACAUGCUUAACAUUGUCAAUGCUGGUCAAAACAACAAGGGACAAGAUUGGUUCGAUGUCUGGAAGCAGAGCGAGGAGUGCACAGGAGUCCAGAACGAAUUGAACCGGAUCCACGCCGAGAAGGAGAAGGAAGCCCCCGCUGUCGAGGAGGAUACUUCCGCCAGCCACUCUGAGUUCGCCAUGCCCCUUUGGAGCCAAAUCUCUCUGGUCACCGUCCGUGUCUUCACACAAUAUUGGCGCAUGCCUUCUUACGUCCUGGCCAAGUGGGGUCUCGGAAUCGCUUCUGGUCUUUUCAUCGGUUUCUCAUUCUACGAUGCCAAAACCUCUCUGCAAGGAAUGCAGACGAUUAUCUACUCUCUCUUCAUGAUCUGCACAAUCUUCUCUUCGCUGUCUCAGCAGAUCAUGCCCGUCUUUGUCACCCAACGUUCCCUUUAUGAGGGACGUGAACGCCCCAGCAAAUCCUACUCUUGGAAGGCCUUCCUCAUCGCCAACAUCAUUGUCGAGGUCCCCUACAUGAUCGUGAUGGGUGUGUUGACUUAUGCCUGCUACUUCUACGCCGUUGUGGGAAUCCCAGAUUCCACCGCUCAGGGUACAGUGCUCGUCUUCUGCAUCGUCUUCUUCAUCUACGCCAGUACCUUCACCCACAUGGUCAUCGCCGGCCUCCCCGACGAACAAACCGCCAGUGCCGUCGUUGUGCUCCUCUUCGCCAUGUCUCUCACUUUCUGCGGUGUCAUGCAACCCCCCGGUUCCUUCCCCGGCUUCUGGAUCUUCAUGUACCGCGUCUCGCCAUUCACAUACUGGGUCGGCGGCAUGGCCAGUGCACAACUGCACGGCCGCCAAGUCAUUUGUUCAGCCUCCGAGCUGUCAAUUUUCAACCCCCCAUCCGGCCAGACUUGCAUGGAGUAUCUGAACAAGUACGCCACCGCGGCUGGAGGUCAAAUCCUCAACGGCGACGCAACCAGCGAUUGCCAGUACUGCCCUCUCUCUGUCGCUGAUCAGUCAUUGGCCGGGUUCGGCAUCGAGUACUCGCAGAGGUGGCGCAACUUCGGCAUCAUGUGGGCUUUCAUUGGUUUCAACGUCUUCAUGGCUGUCAUCAUGUACUACCUUAUUCGUGUGAAGCGCUGGAACAAGAAGGCUUGA